UUUUAUAGGUUAUGUGAAUUGUUUUGAUUUGAGCUGUGCAUACCGCACGAAUAAAAAAUUGUUAAUUUAUUAUCAGAUUAUCAAAAAUAUGUUUUAAAUCUAUAUUUGUUGUGAAAUUAUUUUAUUUUUUCUAGUUUAUUAGAAUUUUAUCGAAAGUUUUAAUUAAUUUUAAUCAUUUUAAUGCAAUACACGUCACAGUUUAUGUAUAAUUAAACCGUUAAUAUACAGAGAAUAAUGUCACAAUCAAAAAUAAUAAUUAUUGGUGCUGGAGCAUCUGGAAUAGCAGCAGCUUGUCGAUUGAUUGAAAAAGGAUUUCAAAAUGUAACAAUUCUUGAAGCUAAAAAUCGCAUUGGAGGUAGAAUUCAUACUGUUAAUUUUGCUGAUAAUGUUAUUGACUUGGGCGCACAAUGGGUACAUGGUGAGAAUGUUGUAUUUAAUCUAGCAAAUCCCCAUAAUUUAUUGGAUUCCAAUUUCGAUGGUGAUUAUGAAAAGAAUUUAUUUGCUGACGGACGAGGAAAUUUAAUAUCCUCUGAAGAAUGUGCAAAUGCAUUGGCAAUCUACGUGAAAUUAAGCGAAUGGGAUGAAAAUGAUCUCAAGGAAUGGAAUGGUUCUUAUGGAGAAUUUUUUCAAGAAAAAUUCUACAAAGAAUUUCAAGAAAAUCGUUUCACGAAUACUAAAAGAGCACAACAAUUUUAUGAAUGGAUGGAGAAGUACGAUAAUCAUAUGCAAUGCAGUGAUUCGUUAUUUGAAGUUUCUGCAAAAAGAUUACGAGAAUAUGAAACAUGCGACGGAAAUCUAUUGAUGAAUUGGAAAAAUAGAGGAUUCAAAACAGUAUUAGAUUUAUUAAUGAAAAGUUACCCCUCAGCAGAAAAUAAACUGCCUGUAAUGAAUGAAAUAAUUUUUAAUAAGGAAGUCUCAAAUAUAAAUUACACUUCUGACAAUAAAGUUGUGGUUUCAACUAAAGACGGAAAAAAAUUUGAAGCUUCUCACGUGAUAUUUACACCAUCGUUGGGCGUUUUAAAAAAUGAGUAUAAAACAAUGUUUAAUCCUUCUUUACCGGAAAUAAAAGAAAAAGCUAUCGAGGGAUUUAACUUCGGUGCUGUAAAUAAAUUCUUUCUUGAAUUUUCUCAUCGUUGGUGGCCUGAAGGAACGAGUGGUUUAUCAUUUCUCUGGUCUGAUGAAGACAAACGGGAGUUUUUAUCAACUUGGGGACAAGAAAUGUCCUGGUUGUGUGAUAUUUUUAUAUUUUUUGUAGUUGAAAAUCAAAAAAGUGUUCUAUGCGGCUGGGCAUUUGGAGAGACAGCCAGACUGACUGAAAAAUUAACAAAUGAUGAAAUUUCAAAUGGAUUGCACAUUCUUUUAAAAACAUUUUAUGGAAAAACUUACGAUAUACCAAAGGCUGUGAAUUUUAUACGCUCAAAAUGGUUUACGGAUAAGGAUAUCCGCGGUGGUUAUUCAUUUAGAAGUAUGAAAACGGAACGAAUGGGAGUAAAAUCUCAAGAUUUAUCGGAUCCGAUAACUACAGAUUCAUAUAAACCUAUAAUUUUAUUCGCUGGUGAAGCAACCCAUGAACGAUUUUUUUCAACUGUCCACGGAGCAAUUGAAAGUGGUUUUCGUGAAGCUGAUCGUCUAAUUGAAUACUAUGGAAUACAUGACGAUUUGAAGCUGAGGAGAAAAUUAUUUGAGACAGAAACGACAGAAUUGAUCAUCAUUGGUGCAGGAAUUUCAGGACUAGCCGCGGCAAUGACAUUAGAAAAAGAAGGAUUCCAUAAUUAUAUUUUAUUCGAAGCCAUGGACAGAGUUGGAGGUAGAAUAUAUACCACUCACUGGAAUGAUGAUGAAAUUGAAAAUGGAGCUCAAUUUUUGCAUGGCGAUAAAAGUAAACUUGGACAAUAUUGUCAUGAGUUGAAUCUUCUGUCUGAUGAUCAUUCAAGCGAAGCCGAAGGACUUUACAUUAGAGACGAUGGACUCGAAAUAGAUUCUCAUCUUGUGAUAAAGGUCGAUGAUUUUGUCAGAUACACUCUCGAAGAAUGUGAGAAAUUUGCAAAUGACAAUAAAAUCCUACAACCAGAGAUUCAUCAAAAUAUUGGUAAAGUUCUACGAACACGAUUUAAUAAAUACUUAGAAGCCACUAACGACACGGAGAAAAAUAAAAACAUCAUGAAGGAUUUAUUUGACUGGAAUAUCAAAUUUUUAAAUAUCGAUAAUUCUUGUCUAUCCAUUGAUGAAUUAUCAGUAAAAGGAUGGGGAAAUUUUCAGUUUGUCGGUGGGCAAGAACAUUCAAUUUUCAAAUCCAGUUAUAGUUCGAUAACAAAAAUAAUUGCGGACAAUUUAAAUAAAAAUAGUUUACGAUUAAAUAGUCCAGUGGAAAAAGUUGAAUGGUGUGAAGAAUUGAGAAAUGAAGAAAAUUUCAAAUCAAUUCUAGUCACUUUGAAUGAUAAUAAAAAAAUUUACGCCAAUUGUGUUAUAAUUACAUGUUCACUUGGAUUUCUAAAGGAAAAUUAUCAAAGAAUGUUUCAUCCACCAUUACCGAAUUAUUUAUCACGUGGAAUUGAGUGCCUUGGUUUUGGAUUGAUUAAUAAAAUUUUUCUUGAGUUCAAUGAAAUUUGGUGGAAAAGAGGAACGAGGGGAUUUCAAUUUAUUUGGCGACGUGAUAAUGAAGAAUUUCCCUCGAGUGGAAAAUUGCCUACUUGGACAAAAGAUUUAACUGGAUUUGAUAUUUUAAAAGACGAGAAAAAUGGAAUUUUUCUUGGAUGGAUCGGUGGACGUGGUGCUCAUAUUAUUGAAACAUUAAGCGAACAACAAAUCGCCGAGGACUGUUUACAAUUGCUCAAAUUUUUUCUAAAAAACAAUAACAUUCCUUUUCCAAGAAGAUGUCUGAGAACACGAUGGUAUGAUAAUAAAUUUGUAAGAGGUGCCUACAGUCAUAUCACCACUAAGUGUGACAACAAUGGAGUUUCUUGUGGAAUUCUAAGUGAACCCGUGUGGGGUUUCGUUUCUAAUAAUCAUGGAACGAAGCGCGUCCCUAUAAUGAUGUUGGCGGGAGAAGGGACACAUGAACAUUUUUAUUCGACAACUCAUGGAGCUUUUGACACGGGAGUAAAACAGGCGAAAAAAUUUUUAAAACAUCAUCGCAGUGAACAUGGGUAAAUGAGCUGGCGUCUAAUUUUCAAUUAUUGAAGGAGAAGAAGUCUGUUAAAAGAAAAGAAAAAAUCGGAAUUAGGGAGAUUUAUCCUUUAUAAAAUCAUCGAUGUUUCGAAUAAUUUAACAAUUGAAAAUAUCUAUUCAAUAUUAGAAACCUUUUCUUAGGUAUCUAAGUAUGUUUAGAGUGAAUCAGAAUAUCUUUUAAAAAUCAGGGAAAAAGACAAAAUUUUGUCAGGAAAUGAGAGAAACGUCAGGAAAAAACAAAAGUAAAUUUUUGUGACAACCCUAAACUAUUUAUUUAAAGUUGACGAUUUUGGGAAAAUGAAAUUUGUCAUCUUUUAACAAGAAAAAGUAUUUUUAAAGAAACUAAAAAAUAGAUUAAAUUUGUGGUACAAUUUUCCUUUUGUCAAUUUUGUGAACUUGAGUUUUUUCGGUUUCAUUAGAUUAGAUUAGAUUUUUUCAUUAGAUUCAUUAAUUUUAAAAUUUUAAUCGUAACUAUUAUGUGGUUUUUGUUUUCUCUUGUUUAUAAUUAAUUAAUAAUUAAUUACAAUAACAAUUGUUAUUAUUUAUUUAUGUUUCUCGCGGUCCUAUUGAACCAUUGGUGAGAUAUGUUUUCGUGAAAUUAUAUUAAUUAUUUAUUUAUUAUUAUAUUUAUUAUUAUCUUUAUUAUUAUUAUUUAUUAUUUAUGAUUAUAUUAAUUAUGUUAAUAGUGUAGAACAAUUUUUCUAAAACUAAAAUACCUUCCAAAAAAUCGACUAUUAAAAUUUCCUCCAUUUAAUUUAUUAACUAAUUUAUCAAGGUGUCUUGAAGUUGUAAACCACUUUCCUACAUUUUUAUUGACAAAUAAUAUUUAUUCAAUACUGGAAAUCAGCUCCUCAAAGUCUUCAAUUUUUAAAUGUCAUUUCGAAGUUUUUUUUUAAUUUUCCUAGAAUCUUCACGAUUCUCUAGACCUUAUUUUAUUUCUUUUCAUCUUAUUCCCAAUAAUUCUCUAUAGAAAUGUGAAAUUAAUAUUGUUGCAAAAAAAUUGUAUUCAUAGUAAAUAAGUAAAAUCAAAUAUUUUAGCGAGGAAAAUAAAAAAAUUCGAUAGAAGGGUGUGAACAGGUUGUGUUCUAUCUUCUGUACAAAAAGAAAUAAAAGCAUAAUAAAAGAAUAAGGACAAUUGAUAAAAGAAUGAGGACAAAUCGUUAAUCUAAAAAAUGUUCUAAAUAAAAAAAAGUAUUUAUUUAAAUCAUUAA